GGAGAGACAGGGGAUUUGAUAUCAAAGAAAAAAGAAUUGGUGGUGUAGAAAACACGAAUAAGUAUAGUUGAAACACGAAUAAAUUCUGAACAACGAACUGGCAAAAUCAUUGCAACAAAACUUCGAGGAGCUUAAUAAUUCUGUGUUAAUUUUCAAGGAUCAAAUGUGUCCCAUAAUGGACCAACAGACAGAAACAGAGAAGCAGGCUAAUUCUCCAAAACGUGUUGAAAUUCUAAAGUCAAGCCGAAUAAUAGUGUCGUUAGGACUUAAUAAGGAAAAACAAUGGACAAGAGAUCAAGUGGAAAAACUUGCAGGUCUAGUGCAUGAACAAACUGAUCUGCUAAAUAGGAUUUUCUCGGAGCUUAAAAACGAACUCAAAGUUGAAAAAGAAGAAUUGGAAAGCAAUCUAGAAAUAAUCACAAAUAAUGUUAAAGAUAUCAAGGAAGUGUCUGCAAAAAUUGAUGACAAAUUCCAAACAAAACUGAGCAAAGUGGACGAAAUAAUCACAAAUAAUGUUAAAGAUAUUAACGAAGUGUCUCUAAAGAGUGACACCACAGAGAAGUUGAUAAGUGCCCAGCAGAGAGAAAUAGAAGCUUUAAAAGAAACUCAAGCUAAACUUUUAAAUGCUUUAAUUUCUAGAAAAUUGGUAAAUUAUUAUACAUGUCCAUCGGACUGGACAAAAUAUUCAUCGUAUUGUUAUUUGUAUGUUGAUGAGAGGAAAACGUUCAGUGAAGCUCGUGCCCAUUGUAAGCGUCUAGGAGCAACCUUGUCUGACAUUGAAAAUGAAGCAGAGAAUACUUUUAUCGGUGGGUUAGCACGUUAUUGGGGAUGUGUGGAUCGGUUAUUCUGACGAGAAGGAGGAGGGUACUUGGAUAUCAGAAAGAACUGGUCAACCUGCAACAUACACAAAUUUUGAUGGUCAGCCCAAUGGAGGUACUCGUGAGAAUUGUGUUGAGAUCAAUUACCCCUCGCGUCUAUGGUAUGACAGGCCAUGUUACACAAGAUACCAAUUUAUUUGUAAAAAAGAUGCCAAGAUAGAUGUAAAGUGGACAUCCGUGUAAUUAUAUGUUUGAUUCAAGGCUUAAUGAACCUUUUGGUAAUUUAAAUGCUUGUUUUGUUUACAAUAUUGUAUAAUUAUAAAUUGUAUGACUGAAUUAUAAUGCCAGUUUAUAUCAUUGUUAAAUUUUAACUUGUAAUACUUCAUCUUUGUUCAUUCAUUUUCAGUCCAUGAUAAUUUUCAAUUAUAUUUCUCUUUGAUUUGUAGUGAGAAAACCUUUCUCAUUUUCUACCGUUCGUAUUUUUAAAACAGCUGAAGUAUUUAAUGACAUGUACAUGUAUAGGUUUUAUCAAUAAAUGAAUCCGGAUGGAUAACGUUAAAAUUUCAUUUAACAAGGCCUGUGUUUGCUGGCAGCUCAUUCCGCUUUUCUCAGUGCUUAAUAUGCAAGUAAAAGCAACGUGGAAAAGGGGAUAAUUCUGCAAUGUAUGCAUGCAUUUAUUUUUUUGAAUGUAUAUUGUCAAGUUAAAAAAAACCCAACUCAUUUGUUACACGCUAAAAAUUUAUGGAAAUAAAGAUAUAAAAUGA